UUGAGCAAAAGAUUGAUUGUUUACAGAUGUGAAUUGGAACAAACCUUAUCGAACAUUAUCUUAUUUGAAUGAGAAUGAUGAUGAAUAAUUGGACAACUUCGGCAUUGAUGCUGACAAUAUUUUUAUUUGCCGCUAUGAAAUUGGUUGUUUGCAAUGAUGAUGAAAUUGAUUGUUUAUCUCAUAAUUCAUCAUGCGAAGCCUGCGUAAAAUAUGACCUACGAUGUUAUUAUUGUGCUGAUGAUAAUCAAUGUCAUGAAUGGAAAGGAAUGGAUGGACAAUGUAAACACAACAGCUAUUGGCGUACCUGUAAAUUAAGGGCUAAUAUUUGGAUCACAGUGUUGAUCAUAUUGUUCAGUUUGGUCACCAUCUUAUCGGUCAUAUUGAUUAUUUGGUGUUGCUGUAUUGGGCCUUGUUGUCGCCGUUUUCAACAAAGACAAAUUGAUAGAUGGGAUGAGGCAAGACGAUCGAUGAAUAACAUGCAUCAAGAACGACAACGUUCACGACAACAACAACGAGACCAUUUUCGUGCCAAACAUGGUUUAACUAAAAGUGAUACUACUAGCAGCCAAUACACACGUUUUUCCUGAUUAAAUUUGGCAUUCAAGUUUUUGCAAUUUUAACACAUUUUCCCGUAAAUUCAAUAAAAAUACAGUUCUUUAAUUA